AGGACAACCGGGUACACCGGCCGCCGCCGGUUUGUCGAAUUGCGCGUCUUCCCAAAACGUCGGUUCCAGACGACUGGUACUUGUAUAAGUAUGGGCCGAGACUAUAGCCAGGGAUCCUAGUUCAUAAGGGUCCAGGGGGGAUUAAUCCAGCUCGAAGAUGUCCACUUCUACUACUCAACUUGAAAGUCUCCUCAUUGGUGACGACGUAUCCUACUAUUACUUUGACAGCGGUGCCGUCCCUGGAAACACAUAUACGACCUUGGUCUUUAUCCAUGGCAUGGGUUUCAAUGGAGGUGUUUUCAGGAAGCUUUUCCCUCUGGCUGCUGCCCACCGUCUCCGCAUAGUCAGCCUAUAUAGGCGUGAUUAUGAUCCCACCACUAGCUUCCGUGAUGCAGACUUGGCUGGUCUUACAUCCGGUACGGCGGAGGGACAGGAGGGUUUCUUUCGCAGCCAAGCCAUCGAGAUCGCUACUUUCCUUGUCACAUUUGCCCGCCAGCAAAACAUUUCGCCGGCACAAGGCACCAGCGGUGGAAUCGCGCUCAUCGGGUGGUCUUUAGGGUCGUUGUUCACACAUGCUGUUGUGGCCUACCUCGACGCCUUGCCAUCUGAUGUUCUUUCUGACCUUGAGAAGUAUCUCCAUACUAUGCUUUCUCAUGAUUUGUCUUCAAUGUUUCUUGGUCUACCACGUCCCCCAUUGCACAAUAUCGACCUACCGUUAAAGAUGGACGUCAAAUACAAAUUCAACCUUUUCUAUGAAGGGGUGACGGCGUACUUUCCGCACAAGAGUGUCACUUCGGGCAACAUCGAUGAUCUCGAGUUCAACAAAUUCUCGGACAAGACUCACACCAUGCAUGAGCUGUCUUCAGAGGAGCUCGCAGAGCUCACAUCUGUCAAGAAUUUCGGUGGCUCCGAUUCACUAAUCGUCCGUAGUCAACAAGACGUAUUCAAGACCUUAGCAAGACGUGCGAUAUUCAACACGGCCUUGGCGCAGAGGUUCCUCCCCAACCUACGUGUCAGGUACAUGAGCGGUGGAGCGAGUCCUGGUGCAUUAGUGUGGGCGUUAUAUGAUCUAGGGAAGUGUUUGGCUGACCCCAAGCCAACGUAUGGGCCUGAUGCCGAAAUGGCGAGAGAUGUUAAAUUAAAAUUCCAGACUGAAGGAAACCACUUCGUUUUUUGGGACGAACCAGAGGCAGCCCUUGAUCAAUACAUUGCUACAAUCAACCUUUAGAAAUACUAGACCCAUUUUGCUGCACAUAUCCAAUUGUUCUUCAACAUCACCGUCUUUCAUACCGUGUAGUUAGUAACGGCCCGCGGCAUGUUGUAACGCUCGUAAAAGCCUAGUUAUUGAUUCGUCACCUAAACGACGAAUCAUAUAUGUAUCAGGCACAUUCUCUCUAUUCUUUCCUCAGUAUUCCUUGACAUUCUAUUGGCUCAUUACUACGGUAUAUAAAGUAGAACUCGUAGUAGAAGAUAGUUAGUUGAUCUUUCACC